AUGGGACAAAUAUAUUCAAUAUUUUCAUCAAAACCAUCAAGUGAGUUGGCGGAAGAAGAGUAUCAAAAAUAUCGAAAAUUAGCACAUAAUGAAGCACAACUUCGUAAUGAUUAUUUUGCACAAUCUCAGGAGGCCUUUAGAAGUCAUGAAAAAAGAAAGGCAAAAGAAUUAUCAAUAAAAGGAAAAGAACAUGCGCAAAAAAUGGAACAAUAUAAUAGCAUGGCUGUUGAUGUAAUAUUUAAAGAAAAUAAUAAAGGUCGACCAAUGCAUGAAAUUGACCUUCACGGUCUGUACGUAAAAGAAGCAUUGGAUAAGGCUGAAUCACGUAUUCAACAUUGUAAGGCUAAUAAAUUUAAUCAUUUAAUUAUAAUUGUUGGGCGUGGUAAGCAUUCAAGUGGUUUAGCAAAGUUAAAACCAGCAAUUAUCAAUUUAAUGAAAAAAUAUCAACUAAGAUGUACCUCAGAUAAACCAACCGUUGGUUGUAUAUAUGUAGAAUUUGGAUUCCCUGGUGAACCAAUCAAUACAGGAUGGUUUGAUACUUUUAUCUCCAAUGUUUCAAAUU